AUGGCCGACGACGAGGGGGGCGUCCUUCUCGCCGAGGCGGAGGAGGGCGCGGCCAGCCCCGCCGAAGCGUCGCUGGAGCCAGCGGCUGACGCUGCGGCGGAGGUGGUCCCCGAGGGUGCCGCCGAAGGCGGCGCGGCGGGCGACGCCGCGGCAGAGGCGGCCCCCGAGGCUGCCGCCGAAGGCGGCGCGGAGGGCGACGCUGCAGCGGAGGCGGCCCCCGAGGGUGCCGCCGAAGGCGGCGCCGAGGGCGGCGCCGAGGGCGCCUCCGCCGGGCCUGCCGGCGAGGGGCUCGAUGGGGCCGCGGGGCCCGACGUGGCCGAGGCGGCCGCCGAGGCCUCCCCGCCAGCGGCUGCCGAAGCGCCCGCCGACGAGGCGCCUGGCGGCGGCGGGGGGGGCGCAGGCGAGGCGGCGCCAGCUGCUGAAGGCGAAGCCAGGGAGGGGGGCGGUGAAACCGCGGCCCUCCAGCCCGAGCAGCCCGAGGCAGCCGCUGGAGGCGCGGCCCCGGCCAGCGGCGAGGUGUCGGUGGACUUUGUCAUCCUGCCGGAGGGCUACGGGCAGACCAAGCAGCUGGACGUGGCGCAAACAGUGGCGCAGAUCAGAGCCAACCUGGAGAACGAGCUGAGCAUCCCAGAGGGUUCCCUGUUGCUGAUGAACCUCUCUGGCGCGGUGGAGUGCCGCGACGUGCUGCCGGACGCCAAGGCCCUGCACGAGUUUGGCAUGAAGCCCGGCGAUCGCGUGGGAGUCGAGCUGAGGAUCAACUACUACCAGGAGCAGCCGGCGGAGGAGUAUGUCAUGCCGGACGUGCUGGAGCUGCACGUGCUCGACCACUUGGGCGUGGAGAGGGUGGUCAACGUCCACGUGCAGCGCCCGGUCAUGGAGAAGCCCUACCUCGGCGGGUUCCGGAACAAGCAGUCGGGCGUCCAGUUCCACCAUGCGGUGACCCAGACGGCGCCGACGCAGGCGAAGGAGAAGGCCACCAUCCGCUUCCACCGUGAGGCGCAGACCUAUGAGUAUAGAACGCGGUCCACGCAGUGCAAGCGCGACAACGGGACGCAGAUGCCUAAGGCGGGGCUGUUCGUGGACACUGAGGGCGACCGCGAGCUGGAGCCCCGCAGGCCGUACUUCAGCAGCGCGGACAAGCACGCCCUUGUCAUGGAGAUGUGCGUCGUCAUCCAGUGCCACGCCCGCGGCAUGUUUGCGCGGGCGCGGGCGCGGCAGCUGCGCAAGCAGAGGCGCGACCAGCUGGAGCUGGAGGAGAAGGAGGCGGAGCGGCGGCAGCUGGAGGCCAGCCUGAGGCACAAGCGCGAGGUGGAGAGGCGAAUGCACCCGCGGACGUUCGAGGACUUCAGCAUCCUCUACCGCGAGCUCGAGGGGUGGCGCUCGAACGAGUCGCGGCGCAUCCAGGCCUCCGCCACCGACGAGGCCAGCCAGCGGGAGGCGCAGCGGGAGCUGCUGCAGAAGGAGACCAAGCUGCUGCAGACGAUCGACAAGCUGAAGAUCACGGCGCACGCGACGAACCGCGACGCGAAGAUAAAGAAGAAGCUGGAGUCAAUGUCACAGCCGAAAGUCUGGGCCCAGUCUGAUGGAGAGACCACCACAGUGCACACGCCGUUCACCACAAGGGCCAAGGAGCUCAUGGACCUCUACAGCGGCCUGCGCCUGCCGCUGUUGACUGUGGACGAGCGCCUCGACGUGCUUCUGCACGUAAAGUGGACCGUCAAGGAGUUCGACUGCAAUCUCACUCGCGAAAUCGUGGAUCUCAUUGAUCGCGAGGCGGACAUGCUAAACCGCGGUCGGCCCGAGAAGUCGUUCACAGGCCUUCGGAGGCGCCUCGCCAACCUGUUCCUUCAGUUCGUCGAGACGCCAGAGUUCAACCCGGAGUCCACGAAGUUCCAGAAGGUGCCCCGGCAGUUGGUGGACCAGGGGAGCACCAACCCGCUGAGCACGGUGCCCAUCAAGGCCAUCGGCUCCGCGUGA